GUGGUGGUGGUGGUGAUGGUAGCGAUGGUGGCGAAGAGAGAAGGGAGUGGAAAGUGGAGAGAGAGAGGAACGGAACGGAACAGGGUUGUUCCAGUGUGCAGCGGGCGGGCAUCGCGGCGGGGGCGCCGUUCUGCUGCUCCUGUAUAUCCAUCCAGGGUUAUAUGCACCAUCCACCGCAUCCUAGCGACCACGACGGCGACGGCGACGACGACGACGACGACGACGACGACGACGACGACGACGACGACGACAGUGACGGCGACGACGACGGCGACGACGACGCCGCCGGGAAGCAGGAAGAGGAGGAGAAACAGGAUAUCCGGCGACAUCGCUCGCGUCGAUGAUUAUAUAUCGAGAGUGAUUGUUGGAGAGUAAAACGACGGUAUCUCUGCGUUGGUAUCGAUUAAAGUUAUUAGAGAUCGUAAUUGUACGCGCCGUGAACGAUUCCUCGGUCGAGUUGUUGUAUAUGUAUCCACGACGUGAAAUUGGCAGUGCGUAGUACGACGACUUCGUGUCUCUGGGAUGUCCGGUAGAAAAGAGUAGCGAGAAAGAGCAACAACGGAAGCAGAGACUGCGCGAGGGCAAAGAGGAAGAGAGAAGAGAAGAAGCAGAGGGAGGGAAGUGGAGAAGAAGAGAGAAGAGAGAGGACGGAGUAGUUGGUGGUCGGUUAAAGCAACAUAGUUAAAGAGAAAGGAAAAAGAAAAAGAAGGAAAAGAAGGAAAAGAAGAAAAAGAAGAAAAAGAAGGGCGGAAUAAUCGCGGAAGAGAAAGAAGGCGAAACGAAAGGUAGAUCCACCGGUCGAUCGGGGAGGGAACCAUCGAAGGUGGAGGAGCAUGCGAGAGCAGCUCCUCGGUGUUUCAACAUGACCCAGCCUUAGUAGGGUACCUCUGCUGGCGUACACCCUCCGCGCCGCGACACGAUACGACACGCAGAAGGAGGUGGUGGAGGUGGUGCCGGCGGAGGGGGUGGUGGUGGCGGUGGAGAAGGCGGCGGCGGCGGAGGAGGCCAGAGAGGUGGUCGAGGGCGGGGGGGAGGAGGAGGAGGAGGAGGACGGAGAAGAAGAAGACGAAGGAGGAGAAGGAGGAGGAGGACGGUGGACUCGCUAACGACGGCGAACGUCCUCGAGGGUGCAAGAUACCAGCACCAGCAACACGAGCGACGACGAUGAUCGUGACAGGCGGCGGACGACGUACAUGUUGUUGGAGGAGGAGGCGGCGGUUCGCGGUUGCGGUGCUGGCCUCGGCCCUACUGACCCUAGCGAUCGGUCCCGCGUCGAUCGAGGGGCACAGGCCAGCGCCGAUCAUUCUGCAAACGAGUAGCAACAAGACAACUACGCCCCUGUUGGCCCACUCGGUGAACGGUACUUGGCUUCCGAACGGAAACGAGAACAACAACGAAGCCGACCUACGCGCGGAGGACGGAUACAACAGUAGCAUUCAUCAUCACCAUCACAAGAAGGUCGGCGGCAACAUGACCGAGGAAAAGGCGCCUCUCUUUCCCCAAGAUCUCUUCACCGUCCAUCAACGGCGACGCGGUGCCGUGAUUCUCCACGUAAUCGGUGUUGUGUACAUGUUUGUCGCUCUGGCGAUCGUUUGCGACGAGUUCUUCGUGCCGUCUCUCGACGUGAUCAUCGAGAAACUCGAGAUCGCCGACGACGUUGCGGGUGCUACCUUCAUGGCGGCCGGUGGUUCGGCCCCCGAACUCUUCACAUCGAUAAUCGGCGUGUUCGUGUCGUUCGACGAUGUCGGUAUCGGCACUAUCGUCGGUUCCGCCGUAUUCAAUAUUCUCUUCGUGAUUGGCAUGUGCGCUAUAUUCUCGCGUACCGUGCUCUCCCUCACAUGGUGGCCUCUAUUUCGCGAUUGCACCUUUUAUAGCGCCAGUCUGCUCACCCUGAUCUAUUUCUUCCGCGAUAAUUAUAUUCACUGGUACGAGGCCCUCGUACUCUUCGGAUUCUACUUGGCUUACGUGAGCUUCAUGAAGUGGAACCAACCGAUGGAGAAGCUCGUCAAGAGAGUGCUUCACAGAAAUAAGGUGACCCGGGUGAGGUCUACCGAUCAGCUGAUGCCCUCGCACCAGAGCGCCGCCCAGGCAUUGCAGCAUCCGAACGCGACGAACAGUAGCGAGACGAGCGUGGGUGGCGUGUCGGGUGCAUGCGGAAGCAGCGGCAUACCGGCGGGUGGAGAGGCCGGGUGCAGCAGCAGAGGUGGCAGCAGCAGUGGUGCCGGUGGCACGGCCGGACAGGGCUGCGAGCAGGGAGCCCACGGUGGCUCCUCGUCUCAUUCCAGGGAGAGCCACGCCAAGUUCAGGCACGGCUUGCUACAGCUUAUGAUCCACACGAUCGAUCCGCUCCACGACGGUCAGUCCCGCGCCGGCAAAGUGGACGAGAAAGCGACGCAACUGCACGCGAUAGCCUCGCUAAAGGUGCUGUUGGAUGCCACCAGGCCGCACAACGGUGCUGCUACGUCGACCGCCGCCCAUUACUCAGGUGCAUCGUCGAAAGAGACCACCCUACAGUUACAGCAAGGCUCACAGGGCACCACCACGACCACCACUACGACAACGACCACGGCCGGCACCACCGCCGGCAUCCAAGAACUUCCCAAUGGCGGUAUAGCCGCUGGCCUCGACGCGGGCCUCGAUUCGGGAGAGGAGGAUGACCCUCCGGAAGCGUUGGACAUGGGGUGGCCCAGCAGUGCCAGGAAGAGGUUAACUUACAUUUUAGUCGCGCCAAUUCUAUUCCCUCUUUGGCUCACGUUACCAGACACGAGGACACCCAGAGGAAAGAAGUUCUUCGCGGUGACGUUCAUCGGCUCGAUCUUUUGGAUCGCGGCUUACUCGUACCUGAUGGUCUGGUGGGCGAAUGUCGCCGGCGACACGGUUCGCAUUCCACCGGAAGUGAUGGGCCUGACGUUCCUCGCCGCCGGCACCAGCAUCCCAGAUCUGAUCACCAGCGUGAUAGUGGCGCGGAAAGGAUUCGGCGACAUGGCCGUGUCGAGCUCGGUUGGCAGCAACAUCUUCGACGUGACCGUUGGGCUUCCGGUACCGUGGCUGCUGUACGGCUUGAUCUACGGAAGACCCGUGGAAGUGAACUCGGUGGGGAUGGUGUGCAGCAUAGCGAUCCUAUUCUGCAUGCUGCUGUUCGUCAUCUUGAGCAUCGCCUGUUUCAAGUGGCGGAUGAACAAGGGCCUCGGGUUCACCAUGUUCCUCCUCUACUUCGUCUUCGUCGCCGUCUCGCUGAUGUUCGAGUACGAGUUCCUGGUCUGCCCGGUCUAGGAACGAGGAGGAACAUCCGAGCAAGGUAGAGGUCCAACGAGGACGGUAGAUGGACGCACAUUUACGGGUCUCGUCAUCGUCAUUAUCAUCGUCGUCGGCGGCGAGUGGUCCACGGCCGAUGAGAGAAAUCUUCCUCGAGCGCCGCAUCGAUCGAAAAGAGGAAAGAGAAAGACACGAUAACAGCCUUCCCGAAAUAAUUAUCGAAAACAGUGUUGAUGCACCACAUCCCCCUUCCCUCGUUCCCUGAGAAUCUCGUUACCCUCCCAAAACGGUUAACACGUUACUCCAGGUUUACGAAGCGUUUUUGUUCUAGUCGAGAUACGUGUACAUAUUGUAUAAACCUUGAAAUACCUGAAACAAAAUACUCGUCUCGUUAAGAAUUCCAGCGACCUCCUGUUCGAUGGAACAGUCGUUGCUGAAACGCAGCGAGCGUGUCUCUCGAUCGUGCCAACGAUUGCGCGAAGUAAUAUCGAUAUAAUUUAUAUAAUAUCAUAGAGAGAGAGAGAGAGAGAGAGAGAGAGAGAGAGAGAGAGAGAGACAGUUGCACCAUUUUAUUCCUCCUUUUAAUCUUUUCUUAUUCCUUCUUCUUCUUCUAUUACUAUUACUACUGUUACUAUUACUACUACUUACUACUACUACUAUUACUACUACUAUUACUACUAUUUACUACUACUACAACUAUUACUACUAUUAACUAGUAUUAUUACUACUCUUUCUCUUCUUUCUUAUUCUUCUUCCUGUAUUUCUACUCGUACGAAAACUACCAUCGUUUCUCUUACGAUCUCGACUUAUCCUAGAUGUAGAAUCUCUAUUCAGACAAUUCGCUCGUCGACGCCACUCGUUAGGUUCCCGCGUACGCUCGAAGCUUGACGCGCCGAUAUCUCGAAACACUCUCUCCUUUUCCUCCUCGUUUCCAACGCGACUUUUCUCGAGAAUCGUCGAAUUCGCGACCAGGUUUACACCUACGUCCAUCUAAUCAACAAGGAAGAGAUAUUUUUCGUAGACAUGCUUCGAUUCGUGACUUUCCAAGUGGCGUUAGUCGAACUGCCAAAUCGUUCCACAAGGAAACAAUGAAUUUGCUAUCGUGUAAAAUAAUAUAAAUAAAUAAAUAUAUAUAUAUAUAGUUCUCGAUCGCGAUUUACGAUCGUUUGGCACGAUUCCAUUGCUGGCGGGGUAAACGAUUCCCUCGUUGGGCAAUGGACGGGCUGACCGCUCGCUGAUUUCUCUCUCUAAAAAGCAACAUUCUCUUUUCGCCUAUAAUCGUAGAAUAUAGCCAAUCUACUGUGUCGUGUUCGCAAAAUCUACACGGAUGCGAUUUCUGACGGUCGACGCUUCGUUUUCGUUUUCGGGAAAAUGUGCGAGGCCAAUCAGGAUCAUCCUCCUUCUUCCACGCUUUUUCCAAUUUUCGAACAAAGAAAAGAAGGAGAAAGAUCGAAACGACGUCGUGAGAUUAAAUUAAUUAAUCAAUAAUUCAGGGACGAAACGACGAACGUUUCGAUUUUGAUCGGUAACGCGCGCGAUACUUCGAUACAUACGUUGUUACGCCGUCUUUAUUCGCGAAACAUUGACAUUAUCCAAAGGAACAAAGAAAAAAAAACAGAAAAAUAAACGAACUGCGGAUCCACCGAUCGAACAUAUCGAACGUGGUUUUUUUGGCCGCUUGGAAACGAAUUCGUCGAUUGCCAAAGGUACGCUCCAUUCCUGCACGCCGAGAACGGAAGCGGCGAAUCACGGAAACGACGGCGGUCGAAUCGAUCUUUUCAACGCGGAUACGAAAUUUCUUAUCUCCCUUCUGAUUGUAUAAAAAAAUAGAAGAACGCCUUUAAGAGCUUCCCGAGCGGGCUGUGGUAAUUUCGAAAGGAACAACAACAGCCGAGAAGAACCGCCCUCGUUUCGACGAACGAGCGUUCGUUUUCCCGAGGAUACGCGGCUCCGGUUCCGGGCGUGCCCGUUUUUAAACUUCGAUUACUAACUGAAACUAUCGAGCAAAUAUAAUCUACGCAAGAGGAGAGAUCGAACCUUCCUAAAAUCUCAUAGCGAAAUUAAAAGGAAAGCUGUUGGAGGGAACGCGGUGCAGCCGGCUCGUUCGUUCUUCGAAUCGAACACCCGCGACGCUUGCCUCUGCACCUUCUAUUUGAUGGUAUUCACCAAAACGAUCGACGAGAGAGUAACUGCACACCGUUCUUUCUAGCGUAGAAGAGGAACGCUAGCAACGAUCGCGCGAGGAACGAGAGAAUGAAGAGCGAGGAAUACGAGAAGCCGAAGAGGACGAAAAGACUUUUUGAUUACGUAUAUAUAUAUAUAUGCGUGAGAGAAGGAAGUUUCGUGAUCUCGAGAGCGAUUCUCACUAAGCUAUUUUUCACUAACAACAAUUCUUUCGAGUUUUCGACGCCACGCUACGCCACGCUAUGGUGAUAUCGUUAGACGAUGUUAAAUAAUUAUAUUAUUAUAUAUCGUUGUUACAUGUACACGCGAGCGGAGAAACAGAGGAGUACGAGAGAGCGAGCGAGAGAUGGAGCGAGAAAGAGAGAGAUGUGUACAGAUGAUAAUAAGCGCGAAUAAUAAGUGUGUGAAUGGAAUAUGAAAGAGUGAAAGGGGGGAGGGAGGGAGGGUGAAUGUGGCAGAGAGAUAAAAGCGAAGAAGAAGAGAAAAACUUUUUAAUUCGUGUUAACAGAUUCUGUAUUAUACAAAAAUGUUUCAAAGUAUCGUUUUGACCGCGUAGAUUGUAACAAAUAGUUAUAACGUGAUACCGACUAAGUUAGGAAUAUCGAAAAAAAAAACAUAAAAAAUAAAAAAUAAAAAAAAUAAAAAGAAAAAAAAGCGGAGAAGAAAUGUGAAUAAUAAUCGCAGCGUGAUUGCUGCGCGACGAGACGAUUAGAAAGAGCGACGUAUGUAUCCGGAACCGCCUGAACGCCUAACAGCGGCCUAGCUUUUUACUAAAGAAGAAAAAACGGGAAAACGUAAAAAAAAAAAAAAAAAAAAAAAGAAAUACUCGCACGACGCAAAAAAGCUGACGCAAAGAAUCAAAUCGUAACGAGGAGAGACCAGAAAUUCACUUGGGAUGAAACUGAGAAGAAACGAAGAAGAGGAACAAAGAAACAAGAAAGAAAGAAUAGAAGAAAACAAGAUACAGGGAACUCAACCGAUUCGAUAACGAAAUUAAACGAGAAAUUUCACUCUUCGCGCAUACUUCAAACGUUGUCACACUUUUGUAUACUCUCGACUCUAAAAAACUAAAAAAGGGAAGGGAAUCGUGGAACGGUUCUCGAUCAGUUUCGAGAAAAACGAAACAUCGUGUUUGCGUCCCCGUUCUCUCUGCGAGUCAUCCUUGUUCUUAAACUCUUUAGCCGCUGCUAACACACGUCUUACCUAUCGUUCUCGCUCUUCUUGCCACAGGACACUCGCGAAGAAAACGUCCGAGUGUUGUUUCGGACCCUCGCGUUUCACCGUCUUCACCGUCUCUAGCAUCGAAUUAAUCUUACGCUUCUAACACUAUUACGGUAAUUCCACGUUGAUCCGUGGUGGCGAUCGGCCGUGGUAAUCGAGUCUCUCGACUCUUGUCUUAUCGCGGAAGAAGAGGAAGAAGAGCGAAGAUCAUCGCCGAUCGUCGCGUCUAAUUGUCAGCCGUUCGCCUUAUCGUCUACCGAUACUACCGAUACUUCAACGAGGAAAGAAACAGGCCAGACGUGGUUUCGGAUUGAUUCGUGAAAGUAAAACCGAGAUUCGCGAGAGGAAUGAAAAGCGUGUAUAAACGAGAGAGAGAGAGAGAGAGGGAGAGAGAGAGACGGAAAGGACAAUGGAAGAGUGAAUGCAGCGGCUUCUCACGAGACGAUUUGACACGAAUGAGCGAGCAACGUUAAAGCGCGUAGAUUAUUAUAAACGAACGAAAGCAGGAGAGGAAAUCUUUAGCGCGAAGUAGCUGAUAGAACGUAGCGUUUCUUAAUAGUUUCGUAAACGAUUAUGAGAAGCAAGUAGCGAAAGAUGCACAAUACGAUCUUCCCGAAGUACCGAUCACUGAUCAACAAAACGAUUAAAAGAAACAAAAAGAUUAAAAAAAAAAAGAAAGAGGAGAACAAGAGAUACACAGGUGGAGACAAGUGACGGAAGUAAAAAAAAGAAAUAAAAAAACGGCGGCGCCUCUUUUUUGCAAUUUAGCAUUUUUAGUACCACGCCGAGGAAGAGAGAGAGAGAGAGAGAGAGAGAGUGCUUGCGCGAGAGAGAAUGAGAGAAAGAAAGAGAGAAAGAGAGAGAAAGAAAUUCCGUGUAGCUUCAAUUAUUAUAAACGUUUUCAAUCAAACAUUUGUUAUCGUAGAGUGUACUGAUAUCGUAACGAUCGAUUAUUAAUUCAUACGUCGAAACAUAGAAAAAAAUCGCGCGCUACCAACAGGUUCAACGCCAAGAGACGACGUUUGGUCAUCACAGAAGCGAAUUGACCUGCGUUCAGUACGGGUGUGGCCGAGGCCGCGAACAAAAUAAGGCAAUUCCUCGAGCUUUCGACCUUUCUCUCGAACCAAUUCCUCUUGCACUCGAUCAUCUAUACGAAGAAAGGAGUAUUCGACGAGAAAAUUGUCCGUCGUCGAGACGAAACGAAAGUUCCUGAAUUCAAGAGGUAAGAGAAUUUAAUCGCGAAUCGUCGGAUAACAAAAAAAAAAAGUAUUUUUCUCGAAGAAAAUUUUUCGUUUCGAAAUCGAAAUCGUGCAUCGCAAUCGUGGUAUAGUUGAAGAGGAGAUAUUGUUGCGAGAAAAGAAGGGUAAACGAUAAACGAGGGAGAGUUCGUUAAGGUUAUUCUCGUUGAAACGAAAACGGAUGAACGAGAAAUCGCGUGAUAAGGCGAAGGUCGGGAGAAAUGCUCGAAGCUCGUGGUAUUAUCACGCUCGUAAUUUGUACUUUAUAAUACUUUAGGAUAAACAUCGUUGAGGGUUGAAAGGGGACAUCGAGUUUCAAUUCUAAUCUCUGAACUUUCGACGCGCGUCUCGCGACGAGACGUAACGGGACACACGUCGUUGCGGCCGAUUCUAUAUAUAUUUAACGGCUCGAAAUUCAUUUUUAUAUAUUAAAAAGAAAAAGAAAAAUAAUGAAAAAAAAAUAUAUAUAUAUAUACGCGUAUGUAAGAACGAUCGUUCAAGUCGAAUCUUACGUUGUCGAAAAUGUCGGUACGCGUAUGGUACCAAUGCCAGUAUCGACAGACUAUCGUUUGUAGGGAAUUACGGUUCAAAAUUUCUUAUUUUUCUUUCGCCGUUCGAAACGCGUUUAUAUCUAAGCUGGUGGAAAGGUUCUUUUCGUUCGAGCGAUGAAAACAGGAAACCGAGGAAGGAUCUUAUCGAAAUAUAUUUUACGACCCAGUUCGUUUCAACACGAUCGUCAUCACGGUUGCCCUAAUUUUUCUUCCCCUUUUCGUUCUUUUUUCGUCUUUUUUAUCAUUUUACUUUAAACACGUCAACGAAAAUUCAUUUUUCGUUAGUUAUUCUUUCACGCGAUGACUCGAAUCAUAGGAUCAUAAGAUGCUUGUCCAUUCGGAUCAAAAUAAUCGUAAAAUUUUGUAUAUGAUUUUUUCAAUUAUCAUUCUUGGAAUAUCCGCGAAUGAAAUGAAAUGAACGAGAGAAUCUUAUUUUGCCAAAUAAUCGAAUUGAUGGAAUAGAACGAAUUCACGCGUGAUACGUCAAGUAGUUUUGGACUCGGAUGGGUCACGAGGAAAAUAUGAUUCCGUGAUACGAGUCAAAGAAAUAUGAAACUUGUUUGUUUCUCUUCUGAUACGACAAGAUAAAUGUUUAUUCUCCCUGUAUGUCACACGAUCGUGUUGAUAACAUCGUUUUUUCAAUAUCAUUCGUUCAAUAACGUUAAUUGUGGUUGUUAUUAUAUGUCUAGAAAAAGAGAAAGAAAAAAACAUCAGGAAAAAUGAGAAAGAGAGAAAGAGGAGGAUAAAAAACGACAGCACGAAUCAGUGUAUGAGAGAGCGAGAAAGAUUGAGAGUUUGAGUGUAUGUACAUACAAGUAUGAAUGAGUGAGAGUGCUAGAAAAUGGGGGAAAAGGGGAUGGAGAAAACAGAAGAGAGAAAAGAAAUUUCGCUUAUUAAAGGCUUAACGAUCCAAAAAAAAAAAAAAAAAUUAUUCUCUUGGCAAUGACAAGGCGUGAACGCACAUAUCAAAGAGAAGGAGAUGUUGACGAUUUAAUAAAAAAAAUAUAACUAAAAUAUAUACAUUAGCGGUUAUUAUUAGAGAUUUAAAUUAUAAGAUACUUAGGGAAAAUUAUAAAAAAAAAAAAAACAAAAGAAUAAAAACGUUACAAAGUUUCUAUAUAUAUAUAUAUAUAUGAGUAUAUAUAUAUUCUAUAUAUAUAUAUAUAUAUAUAUAUAUAUACACAUACGAUUAAAGAAUUAUAUUAAAUACGUAUUAUAUGUAUGUAUAUAUACAUAUAUAAUACAUAUAUAUUAUAUAUCGUUUUCGGAUGAUAAAUAAACGAUUCAAUCGCGUGCAGAUCGAUUAUUGGACACGCACUAAUGGUCGCAUGCGUGCACACACCCACACACGCACAUCGCACUAUGUAUACUAUAAGAGACGUGUGUGUGCGCGUGCGAAGGUUGCACGCGUGAAAGAUGGCAGGCAAUUAUCGAUCUUCGACGUGUAUAUCACGUCUUUUGUGAUUAGUUGCACGCAACAACAGACAGGUGUUUCUCUUGCAACGUGCGCGCACGCGUGUACAGAUAUGUAUAUAUAUAUAUGUAUAUGUAUAUAUAUAUAUAUAUAUAUAUAUACACACAGAUAUGUGUACAUGUCAUCUCGUUUGUUCCAGUUCUUUUUCGCGUAUGUAUAUAUAUAUAUAUAUAUAUGUAUAUAUAUGUGUACAUAUAUACAUACAUAUACAUUAUAUUUUAUGAUUGUCAUUGUUAAAUUCGUCGCAUGACAUAGGGUUUUACCCCCGUCCAUCGCCGCAGUAGUAGACGUAUUGGAUACGACAUAAUUGAAAAAUCCGGAUUUUACGAGAUAAACGAAAAGACGAAUGAACCUAGGUUAUCGCAGAAAUUUAGAUAAACAAAAAAGAAAAAAAAGAAUGGAUAAAAUAUUAUAAAUAAUUAUACUAUUAUACAUACAUUAUCUACAUAUACAAGCGCAUAUAAAUAUGUAAAGGUCUAACGUUGUAUACGUCGGGAUAAGAGAGUCUGAGGAAAUAGAAUGAAUUUAUAACGGCAACGCUUUCUUUCGCUCGUACGUACGAAUAUAUGACAUUGUCGCUCUUCUAUUUAACCCUUUCUCUGCCCUCGAAUAUUCGUUCCACGCGCCUGAUAUAUAUAUACAUAUAUACAUAUAUAUUUCCGCGCUCUAAUCCUUUUCGAUACAGCUUUUACAUUUUAAAAUGAUGUAAAAUGGUGAUCACUUUCUCGUUAUAACGGGAGUUCGAUAAUCGAAUAAUCGUGAAAUGUAUCGCGAUUCUUUGCGCUUAAAGAUCUCAAGUUGAUCGGUGAUCAACAAUCUCAUUAUUUCUUUGUUAUACGUUGCACAGAGAACGUAGUAUUUUUAUGAAAUUCCCACUAGAUUAUCUGUGAAAUUAUUUCAAAGUUAAAUUGUUAAAUUAUUGUUCAAGAAAAAAUUAUUGUUGUAUAUCGACGUUUAUUUAUUACUAGAGAGAAGAAGGAAAUUUUGUUUUAAAAGAAAAGCGUGGAGUUGGAGAACGAUGACAGUAUUAGGGUUAAAUUGGAACGUACAAAGAUCGAUUCUGUUUCUCACGGAUAUUUAAGAUACAUGCGAUUAGACGAAAUCAGCCUAGUACGUAUAUACAUACAUAUACAUAUAUAUUAUACACACUCCCACACAUACACUCGAGUACACAAACAAAAAAGACAAAAAAUAUAUAUAUAUAUACAUAUGUAUAAAUAUAAAUAUUAUGAAUUUUACUACGGAUUGCAGUGUGCAUAUGCAAUUUGAUCGAGAAACAACGAGGUCUCGAUAAGCGAUUUGACGAUUUUUGUGAUACCUGUCAAAUAUGUAAACGGCAAAUCGAUCUUCUCGAUAGACGACCACGCUUUUCGUUUGUCUCAGUCAUGGUGUAAUUUCGUACGGACGCCUGUACAAGCGUAUUUUCAACGGAGACAAGACAAAUGCUGCACCAACGACCAUGUUAUUUACACCUCACGCAGGAUGAUUUUCGGCUUAUAUCUAGAGAAAUCGCUGAUCGCGUGCGAGUUGAGCGUUAACGAUUAAAUGCAAGAUAAAAAAAAAGAAAAAAAUGAAUACAAUGAAAUCUCGAAAAAAAGAAAAAAAAAAAGAAAAAAAAGAAAAAGAAAAAAAGAAAGAAUUCAUAAAUAAAAAUAUAACCGGAUGAUGUUAAAGUAUAAAUGUCGCGUUGGAAUCAAAUCGUUGGCGAACGAGCGUCCAGGAUUGACACACAAAUCGAUUGCAUCGCCCUCUUUUCUCUUGUCUUGUAAGAAGAUACUUCGUGAAUUACUUUUAUGGAAAUACGAAAAUUCUGAAGAAUUCGAAUUCGCGAAAAAGAUCAACCACCCCAUUAUUAUUUGUUGAAUUUUAAUUUUAAAAAAACUGUGUCGUUCGUUACAUACUCGUUCAAAAGUUAGUGAUCGAAUAUCGAAUAUCAAUCGGACGCUUGACGUUCGUUCGAUGUAACAGUUCCAUCGCGACCGAUACCGCGUGCAAUAAAACAAAAUAUGUAAACGAUAUUAAUAUCAUUAUAUACAACAUUUUUACGGCAUAUACGAAUACGAUGUAGAGAAAAGCAGGUGAAACAAGUUUAGGAUAAUAUUACUUGUUGUUGUCUACCAUAGCGUUGUAGUUAUAUACAAUACAGGUAGAAAAUUAUAGGCAAGCCGAAGCGAAUGUGUGAAAGAAUGAAUGCGAGAGUGUAACGAAAGUGAGAGAGAAGGAGAGAGAGACAAAAUGCAUGUGAGCAAAAAUGAAAGAGAGAGAGAGAAAGAGAGAUGCGAAUGAGUUGAGAAAGAGAGAGAAGAAAAUUUGAUGCAAUUGACGAGCGUACAUGUUAUUCUUACAUAAUACAACUAUAUAUAUUCACAUAUAUAUGUAUUGUACAUAUAUCUAUGUGUGUGUGUAUAUAUAUAUAUAUGUAUGUGUAUAUAUAUAUAUAUACACAUACAUACGAGGAAGCUAGUUAUGCUAUAACAACAACCAACAAAAAAAAAUCAAUGAUUAAUAUUAUAUACAGAAAUCUAUACAUACAAACUUUAAAGAACGUGUGCCUAUGUGCGCACGUGCGUACGCGCGCGUACGUGCGGACACUCGACAACCCCAAAUCCACCCGAUUCUUACUUCCUACUCGAUCAACCAUUCUGCAGUCUCUCUCUUCUUUCUCAAUUCUAACAUCCAUCCAUCCCUUCUCUCUGUCCCCUUUCACUCCCAUCCAUCCAUCCAUCCAUCCAUCCAUCCAUCCAUCCAUCCUUUUCUCAACCUCUGACCGUUCCAUCCUCAUCCUAUAGCUCUUUUUCUCUCUUUCUAUCUCUCUGUCUCUCCCUCCAUUCUAUUUCACACGCACUUGCGCACAUAUCCAUGACGCAUUAUCGUAGCCGUGUUGUGUAGGGAAUGUCUUUAAUGAAUAAGAUACGAUUUCUCAUGUUACAUGUUAUAAGAAACAAAAAAAAAAAAGAAGCAGCAAAAGUAAUUCAAAAAAAAAAAAAUAAUAAUAAUAAUAAAAUAAUAACGAGACAAAUCUCUUCUCCGGUCAGUUGCAGGAUCGCUCGAACGUUGUCGAAUCAAUAACCCUGUGGACGGUUUCGCGUUGUAUAAAAAAGGAAAGAAUAAUAAAGUAAAAUAAAACAAAAUAUCAAGCGCAGAAAGAAAAAGAAAUACAAUAAGGAAAAGAGGAAACAAAAUAAAGAAAGACGACUUGAAAGAAAAGGCGAAGGGAACUUUCGUUGUACACAUACACUCUGUACAUUACAAGUUGUUCGUAUUCAUUAUUAUUGUUAUUAUUAUUAUCGCUACGAUUAUUAUAAUUAUUACUAUUAUUGCUACAGAUAUGUGUAUAUAUGUAUACAUGUAUAUGCAGUGUGUAUAUACAUAUAGACACGUAUUACGCGUUUUACACGUGUUUUGCCAGCCGCGGUGUUCCUUUAUUCGUGGCUCAACUUUUUUCUCUCUUUCCACCCAACCCGUUUGCUGUGCCAGAACCAAAGAUCGUGCUUGUCUCGUCAUGAAAAAAUGUGCGAGUCGAUUAAUAAACCAGUCGAAAUAUUACAAAAAUAAAAAAAUAUUAUUGAAAAAUGCGAUAAAAAUAGGUUGACGCGUUCAAUCGUUUAUCAUCCCUCGCUUCUAUUGUCUCACCUGAGAAUUAAAGAUUUUUCUUUGAAAAAGAAUUAUAAGGGAUUAAAAUAUUGUUGUUUCAUUUUAUGUUUAAACGUUUUUAGAACGAUCUUCAAAAUAUUCAAUAUUCUAUUAUAGUAUUCGUUUGAGGCACCAACCUAUAAAAGUAUGCAUUUCUCCAGAGAAAUGCUAUCGCGCAAAGAUGCAUGUAUCUUUAGAAUUUCUUUGAAAGCUUUAAAGUUGCUUGUUCCAUUGCUACGAUUAUGUCAUUUUCCUUGUCAAUUGAACAAAAUUUAACACUUCGUAUUUUGAUCUUUUUAAAAUUCAUUUCACUUUGUUUCUCACGUACAAAUUGGACGAUGAAAAAUUGAUGAACGUAUUCUUUUAUUUCGCUUUCCAAUUGGUCGAGUCAAAUUGUUGAAAAAAAAAUUACUUUUCAAAAAUAAAUCAAGAAUAUUGGAAAAAAUUAAAUUGAGUACGCAAUUUCGAUCAACCCGCUUGAGUAUUAGUUUAAAUAGUUUGAAUAUCGAAAAAAGAAUAAUAUUCUAUAAUAUAAUACAUAUUAUAUUGUUUAAAAAAUAAAUGACAUAUUAUCAGGAUGACCGCGAUCGAAGCGUCAGCUCAUGAAUUGAAAAAGAGAAAAAAGAGAGAGAGAGAGAGAGAGAGAGAGAGAGAGAGAGAGAGAGAGAGAGAGAGAGAGACGAGAGGAUGCACGAUUCGCGAACAAUGGAUCGGAUAUGCGGGUCAACGAUGCCAGCCAACGUUGUGCCCAAUUUUUCCUUAUACUUAACUUUGACCGAGAGAGUCCUCACGGCACGGCGUAGAUGGAAAAGUCGGGCGGUGGGUUAUCGAUCAUUAAGAACCAGAUAUAUAUGCAUUAUUCCGUACCAAGUACGGCUAGAGCUAUCGAGUAAUUUAAUAUAGAAUUAAAACAGUCAACUGUAUCGCGAUUAACGCGCGCGCGCGCGCGCGGAGCACGAACGAAGAAAGGCCUGCAUCGACUAUCUUUCCUCCACACUUUUAACCUGAUUUCCCGUUCCUUCCGAAAAAAAAUCCAAUUCCCGUUAUUCUAAUAUUCCUGCCUCCCUCUAACCCUCAACAAAAACAAAACAACAUAUUGUAAUCUAUUGUAGAUUGUUGUAGAUAAAUUAUACGGUUUGACCGUACAUUGUUACUUUUUGUCGACAAUAUAAAAUACACAGAUAUAUAAGUAAUUAA